CGGAAAAACUGUCUUGAACGCUACUUUGACUUCAUGGAUCAAGUAUCGUCUAAAGUGAUACACGAUGUUAGUGGUCAGAAGAAACUUAUUAGUUUCAAUCCAAUCCAGGGUCGAAUCACAACUCAAACAGUCCGGGAUGAAGAAGAAUAUAUGGAGCAUCUGGGAAAAAUAAUACAACGCGAUUUUUUCCCUAGCCUUACCGCAAACGAAGAAAAGGGAGCCGAUGAUGAAUCCAGUGAGCUUAAAGAUAGAGGUGCACUUCGCACCGAUUCUCAUAACCCUGAAAAGAGUAGACAUUGAAUUGGAAAGUAACUUGGAGACUUUAGGUGAUCCAACUGCUAUGUCUUUGGAUAAAUACAUGGCUAAUAAUACCACGGAAGAUGAUGCAUCCUUCGCCGAACUAGUUGAAGAAAACGAAAAAAAGCAGAGAAUCAAACUGGCUCCUUUUUUCCCCUCUCUUCAGUGUUCUGCACCUGCACCUUUGGACGAUUCAAAAACCUUGGCUCUCCCUGGUGUUUCAAAUGCUGUUGUUGGACCUAGGGUCACAAUUACUGGGAACAAUGCUGUUCAUUUUAAUCCUGAUGGUGUAUCUCAAACCAGGGAGGAAUUGCUGGAAUUUUUGUCAAAGGAACGCAAAAUUGUACCAACUAAUACUCGCUUCAAGAGACCUUUCCCAGUAAAUCUAGAAAAAAAACGUACAAUGAAACAUUUACUUGCAGCAAAGCUGGGUCGUGUCGGUCUUAAUGGUUUAGAAAUGAACUCACCAUACGGAACUCCUCAGGCUUCUGGGUAUAAAUUUCUUGAUUCUUCCCCUUCACCGAUGGCAAUGUUUCCUCACACACCUUUGAUGACUUGGGGUGAAUUGGAUUCGACACCUUUCCGACUAGAUGACAGCGAAACGACACCAUCAGUUGUAUCUGGUGGUCCAGCCUUUCGUAUCCCAUCUCCUUCUCAACGUGAACAGCUUGCCCACCAAUUAGCAGAUAAAGCAAGUCGUCAACGUGUGCGUGAUCGUUUGGAAGCAGUUAAAAGAAUGCAGUCAGCAGCAUCAAGUCCAUCACGGUCGCUACUCUCUCCUGCUGCUCUUCGUUUACUCACUUCCAGCUCAUCGAUUAUAAAUAACGGACCAAACAGCCGACCUUCAACUGGCACUACUCGUAUCGGUGGGCAGACAUGUUCUCCUCUUCCUAAGGUCAAUACUCCUCGGCGUAUUCCAUCUGAUUUGGGUGUUGUUAGACGUCCGAAUUCAGCACGUUCAACUCCUAAUUGUGAAUCGGUGAAACCGAACAUUACUCAUAAGAAAAUUCUUCUAGAACAUGGUGAUAUCCAGGUUGAUAAACCGGAAUCUUCUUCAUCAAUUACAGAUAACUUACUGAAUUUAAAAUGUCAAAAUUUGUGAUUCUUUGUAUUUAUCAAAUCAGAAAAAUUUCAUGUAGAUAUGCCUCCAUUACUGUACUCAGACCCAUACUAUUUUGUACAGUAAAUGAGUACAGUUUUUCUCUCUGUGAUUUGCUUCUCAAUUAAAUUUCUUGUUAAGUGAAUCAUUUUUGUUAAGUUCUACACUCUAUUCAAUACUAAUUCAUACAGACAUUAAGUCAUGUAUUGAAUGUGAAGUUUAUUUUUUGUAUUCCUUAAAUGAUGACUAAAGCACUAGUAGUAUCAAUAUCUAAGUAGUUUGUUAUACAUUAUUUGUUGUCAAAGCAAACGAUAUAUCAAAAUUAUCAUUACAAUAUCUUGCUUUUACAGAAAAAGAAAUCAGUUUGUUCGUAAAGUUGACUAAUAAACCGUCUUGGACUGGCUCGGUUUAAUCCGGUUUUUGAGAAUCUGAUCAGCUUACAUUUAGUUUUGUACCAGGAUUCUAAUCCUGUACUCACACUGGAUGGUGAGCAGAUAGAAGUAGUCGAGAAGUUCGUGUAUCUGGGUAGCUGCAUAAAUGCUGGUGGGGGUGUGAGUGAUGAGAUCAGUGCGCGUAUAGUGAAAGCCAGAGCGGCUUAUGCUGAUCUGGGCCAUCUUUGGCGCCUUCGUGAUGUUAGUCUGGCUGUAAAAGGUCGAAUCUACAACGCGUCGGUGAGAGCAGUUUCGCUCUAUGUUUGUGAAACCUGGCCUCUCCGAGUUGGGGACGUUAGACGACUCUGUGUUCGAUCAUCGCUGUCUCCAAAGGAUUGCUGGCAUCCAGUGGUAAUACCAUGUUAGUAAUGCAGAGGUUCGGUAUCGUGUGUUCGGGCACAGAGACGAUAAUUCAGUUGGUGUCACCAUCUUGAAACGUCGAAUUCGGUGGAUUGGAUAUGUUCUACGAAUGUCAUCCCAGAAAAUUGCACGUCGUGCAUUAUUUGUCGACACUGGGACUGCUUGGAAGAAGCGGAGAGGUGGUCAGUGUAUGACAUGGUGUCGUGGUAUGAAAGAAAUCUGCGAACGGCUGGCUCCUGUUGAUCGUUCACGACUCCCUGGCUGGGGUCCGAGAGAUGGUGCAACACAGUGGCUAGAGACGUUAUUGGAUAUGGCUCAGAAUAGAAGCCAAUGGAGAUCCUGCUGUAACCUUCUUUUACUUUCUUUAUAAAAAGUGGUUGUAUCUCCCGUAACUGAAAGGAUCCUUCGGGUUGUACCUUCCUGUUUCCCCCAUUAUUAUUAUUACAUUACCUUACACGAAUCUGUGAUCGUUAUUGUCCUUUUUUCUUUCACACACCUUACCUUCUUUUUUCUCUUCCCAUUCUCAUUGUUUCGUGUGGCACAUGUAUAUUUGGUGCCCCCUUGUACCAAUAUUUAUGUGUUCAAAUAAAUAAAUAAAGUGG